UGGCCAAAGGACCACGAAAUUUCCGUCUGCUUGAGGAGCUCGAGAAGGGCGAGAAGGGCAUCGGCGAUGGCUCGUGCUCGUAUGGAUUAGAGGACGGCGACGAUAUCCUGAUGAGCAACUGGAAUGGCACUAUCAUCGGGCCAGGGCAUGCCGUGCACGAGAAUCGCAUCUACAGCCUCAAGAUAACGUGCGGAUCCUCCUAUCCCGAUACGCGGCCAGAAGUACAGUUCAUCUCGCGCGUGAACCUCCCUUUUGUCAACCAGACGAACGGAAAUGUCGACCCCACCAAGCUGCCUGUCCUUGCAAGUUGGAACAGGAAUUUCAGUAUUGAAACCAUUCUCGUCGAGAUUAGAAAGGAGAUGGCAUCGUUCAAUAACCGAAAGCUGCCACAACCGCCUGAGGGAUCGACUUUCUAGA